UGCAGUCGCUAUCAUGGCAAGGCUGGCUCAUGUUGCGCAGCUGUGGGGGACUGUUUUUGUUUGCGUUUCAACCGAGGCCCUGGCGAGUACGAAACUCAAUUUUUGGCAGAUUUGAUUAGUGAUUUGAUGCAGCAUUGCAAGUGCUCAUGGAUGUCAGGUCACUGUUGCUUUUGUGGCGACCGUGCUCGCAGUAGGUCAAAUCCAUGAUGCACAUGCAGUAGUCCUCCAAGAGGCGACCCUGCGGCGGAACCCCAUCUCCAAAGUUAUUGGCAUGUUGGAAUCGAUGGAAAAGAAGGUCAAGCAGGAAGCUGACGAGAAACACAGAGUUUAUGACAAGUACAUGUGCUAUUGCAAGCAGACAGGUGAAUCGCUGAUCUCCCAACUGGCCGAGGCAGCGAAAUCCCUUCCACAAUUGCGGUCUCGAAAGCAGGAGGUAUCUGCUCUGCAAGCCUCACUGGAGGUUGAAAUUGAACAGCACAAGAAGGAUAGAGAAGAUGCUCAAAGUGCACUGUCAAGUGCUGCUGAAAUACGCAAGAAGGAGGCAGACACAUUCCUGAAGGACUCUCAGAAUCAACAGGAGUCCCUUAAUUCACUCACUGAAGCCAUCAGGGCGUUGCAGAAGAAUCAAGAAGUCGCAUUCCUUCAAUCGAGCAGCGCAUCCAUCCUUAGGAGGCUAUCUUUGUCAGCGGACAUGACAACCACGAACCGGGACUUGCUGUCAUCCUUUCUCUCUGCCAGAGGUGGGCCGAGCAGUCAAAUUCUAGGGAUGUUGAAGCAAAUGAAAGAGGACAUGGGAAGUGACUUGAAAGAGAUGAAGGAUUCUGAGCAGCAGCGGCUUGCAGAGCACUUGAGCCUCAUGGAAGCAAAGCGGAAGCAACAGCAGGUGGCCAUGAAAGCCAUGGAAGAAAAGAUGCUGCGGUUGGGGGAGUUGAAGGUGGAAAUGCAAGUUCUCAAAGAUGACCUCAAGGAUCAAGCAGAAGCUCAGAAGGAGAAUCAGCAGUUCGCCACCGACUUGAACAAGACGUGCGAAGACAAAGAGCAGGCGUGGAGCGAGUACCAGGCCUUGCAGGCUCAGGAGCUGGAGGCCUUGAGUGAGACGGUUGAGUUCCUGAGCAAAGACCAGGUUCGGGACGCCGUCGGAGAUGCUACGAAGGGAGCAGAGACGGCCAGGACUCCCAGCUUCGGAAACCUCCGCGCUUGGAGCUUCUUGCAGACGGAGGCUGAUGAGGCUGAGGCCACAGGCGACGUGGUCGAGCUGGCUCUUCGUGGGCAAAAACGUGGCAUGGACGAUGUGGUCAGCCGAAUCGAUGACCUGCAUGAAGUUCUUGACAAGGAGCAAGAGUCCGAUGAGGAGCGCCAUAGAUAUUGUGAAACCAAGCUACGGGAGGCCAAUGCAGCCAAGUCGAACAAGGAGCGAGAAUUUGAGGAUGCUACCAGCAUCCUGGCCACGUUUCAGAACGAGCACGACACCGUACUUGGGGAGAUCAAGACUCUGGAGGAGCACAUGAAGGAACUGGAUGCUCAGGUGGCCAAGACCACUGCAGCGCGGCAAGCUGAACGGGCGGCCUUCGAAAAGUCGCGGGACACCAACAAUGCAGCCUUGGAGCUUCUUGAAGUGGCUGAGAAGCGCCUCCAGCGGUUUUAUGCCACCUCGAGCAGCCUCGCGGAAACGGGUGCAACCCAGGCGAGGAUUCGGAGAGACCCUCAGGCCCCAAAAGCAGAUCUCUCAUACCAGAAGCAGGGCCAAGGCUUCAAGGUCCUGCAGCUCUUCACAACCAUCAAGGCGGAUGUUCAAAAGCAGACGCAGAUGCUCCAGUCACAAGAUGCCGUGGGGCAGUCUGAGUAUGAGAACCUCGUGAAGAACAGUAACCAGAAAAAGAUGGCCGACAAUCGCAGCUUGGGAAGCAAGCAGGCAGCAAAGGCAGAGCUGGAAGCAGAUAUUCAGCGAAGUCGAGAGGAGCUACGAUCGUUGAACCAGGUUCUCGGCGCCCUGCGAGAGGAAAUCAGAAGCUUGCACUCGCAGUGCGACUUUCUCCUCAAGAACUUUGACCUGCGAGAAGAUGCGUUGUGCCUCAGUGCUGCCGUCUCAGAAGAAGUCCACGUUGAGAGGUUCAUCAUCCGCUAGGGACUCUUCUUCUCCUUGUUCUUGGGCACUCGCUGUCCUCAUUGUGGUGUCUGGGUCGAGGCUGUCGAGUGCCGUGGAGAAGUGUAACCUGCGAGGCACGCCGCGCAGAACGAAGGUCCCUCACAAGAGCAAAGUCCAUCCUUGAAGCCAACUGACGAUGGCCAGGAGGUUGUGCAGCUGUGGUUGGAAA